AUGGCUCUCAACACGCCGCAAACAAUUCAAGACGCUUUGCACCGAUCAUCAGAUUUCGUCGUAAACGAGGAGGAAAUGAAAAACUUGGACGAGCAGUACGAAGCAACGAAAGCAGCAAUCCGAAGCUCAAUUUUGCCGCGCCCCGCGAAGAAGGGCAACCCAUCGAGCAACGCGUCAACGCAGAGCUCGGAUGAACCUAGAAACGGAGGCGCCCAUAACUACCAGAUAGGCACCGGGCGCGGAAGAGGGGAGCCGCGCAACAACACUUGGGUGAGAAAGUCCGUCAACUACGACGAGAAGGCGCUCUGCGAGUAUCACCAGACCUACGGGCAUUCAACGGCUCAAUGCCGAACUUUAGGAGCAAAGCUCGCAGCAAAGAUGGCAGCGGGAGAGCUCCAAAACGCGGUCAGCCUCAAAGACCUCGUUCCUAACGAGCAACAAGAGAGAGCCGAGCCGAGCGGCGCGGCGGAACCCACGAAUCCUCCCCGACGAGGCGAUAACCCCAAACGCGACAGGAGAGGCGAACCUGAAGUGCGACCCGAGCCGAGGCAAAGGAUCAAUAUGAUCAUGGGUGGAUCCCAAUACCACCAAGAUAUCGUGUCUUCCAUCAAAGCCUAUCAGCGCCGAGCCGAAGCGAAGGAGAAUUGGACAGAACCAAUCGACAUCCCAAACACAGUGAUCUCCUUCGCCGAGGAGGAAACAGCAGGAAUCGAUCGACCUCAUAACGAUCCGUUGGUGAUUGAGUUAACGAUGAGGGAUCAUGACGUAGCGAGGGUGCUCAUCGAUACUGGAAGCUCAGUGAACGUCAUCUUAAGGGAAACACUCAAAAGAAUGGGAAUCGACCUCUCCGAGGUAGAAGCAAUCCCCAAACCUCUAACCGGAUUUUUAGGAGAAACGACGAUGACUAUAGGAACGAUCAGGCUUCGUGUGGUAGCUGGCGGAGUCACUAAGAUCGUCGGAUUCUGCGUCACCGAGCACCCAGCAAUAUACAACGUGAUCAUGGGAACUCCGUGGAUCAACGGGAUGAGGGCGGUACCCUCUACCUAUCAUCUCUGCCUCAAAUUCCCAACCCCAGCAGGUAUUAAAACGAUCUGGGGGAGUCAGAAGGAGUCACGAAUGUGUUGUCUAGCCGAGCACAAGCUAAGGAACCCCGUCACCGACGCACGAGCAGACAUCGACCGCAAAAAGAUGAAGACAGACCGAGAGCCCGCGAACGAGCUCUCGAAACUCUUAUAG